AGUAUAUUACAAUAUAUAAUCAUACAAAUUUCCGGUUCCCAACGCGUAUGAAAAGUAUGUUGAGCUCAAUGAAAGCCUGGAUCUUGAAGCAUAUCCCCUUGAUGUCUAUCGCGGCGGCUGCAUUUGCAAUCAUAGCGAUUGUAAUCGUGUUACUGUUGAUCUACUACAACAAAUCACUUCCCAAGAAUCCAAUUUGUGACAUCAAUACAAUCCUCCUAAGAAGGCUUCAAGGCCUGACUGAGUACUCCUUAGAGGAAAUAAGGCUAGCAACGUUCGAUUUCGAGGCGAAUCAUCGUGUUAGGUACGGAAGUUUGGGCCCAAUUUAUGUUGGGAUACUCCAAAGAAGGGUCGUAGCAAUCAAAAUUCUGACAGCUUCUUAUCAUCCUAGAUUCUUGGCUGAGGUUUAUUAUCAGACUAAAAUUCGACAUCGUAAUGUGGUUAGUAUAUUGGGUUACUGCUGCGAAAACGGGCAUAAAAUGAUCGUCUAUGAGUGUAUGGUUCACGGCUCCGAUGUCUUAAACCUGAAGAAAAGGAUAUCUAUAGCUCUUGGAGCCGCGAAAGGGUUGCAACACAUGCACAGCUUAACUCCUCCGUUGUCACACAACAGAUUCACGACGGCUAAAGUUUUACUCGAUGCCAAGUUCGAGGCCAAAGUUUCGGAUUCGGGAUGGUCAAGACAAGUUGAAAUGAGAAACGGAGGAGAAGCUAAUGAUGAUGAUCUAGAGGUUGGUUUACAUAUUCCGGAGGCUUUCGAUGGAACUAGCGAUGUGUAUAGCUUUGCGGAGGUUCGUAGGGCAGAGUUUCACCGUGUUUUGAGGAUGAUGCGUAGAUGCUUUACGUUUCCGGCGAAUCAACGGCCAAAGAUGGAGGAGGUCGUGACGGAGCUCCAGGAGAUCUACAUGAGCGUUUUAGCCAGUGAACAAGUUCUGUCUCAAUUUUCGCGUCGCGUCGAUGGCUUCAAAAGUUUAGCUAUGGCACCUUCAAGAUCAAAGAAAUCUAAGUACAAGAAAACUCCCCGUGGUAAAGCUGUUUCUCCUCAAAAAGAGGAAGAAAGUAUGACUAAAACCAAACAACGGAAGAGGAAGUUGUCGGAUAUGUUAGGUCCUCAAUGGAGCAAGGAAGAGUUAGAGCGCUUUUAUGAUGGAUACCGCAAAUUCGGAAAAGAAUGGAAAAAGGUGGCUGCAUUUGUACAUAGCCGCUCUGCAGAUAUGGUAGAGGCUCUAUACACUAUGAAUAAGGCUUACUUGUCUCUUCCGGAAGGCACUGCUUCUGUGGUUGGACUAAAUGCGAUGAUGACUGAUCACUACUCUGUUUUGCAUGGAGGAAGUGACAGUGAGCAGGAUAAAAAUGAAGGUAUCAAAACUCUGAGGCCAGCCCCAAAGCGCUCUAAAGUGAAAUCUUCAGAUCAUCCCUCCAAAGGAUUGGAGGGUCUGUCUGACCGCUUGCAGUUCAGGUCCUCUUCAGGCUACUUACCAUCACUGAAGAAGAGACGUACUGAGACGGCGCCUCGUGCUGUUGGGAAAAGGACUCCUAGAAUUCCAAUCUCAUAUACCCCCGAGAAGGAUACUAAGAGGUCUCUUAAUCAGAAGGGGGAUGAUACUGAUGAUGAUAUGGAACAUGAGAUUGCAAAAGCAUUGACUGAGGCCUCACAACGAGGUGGUUCAACCAGAAACUCCCACACACCAAAUAGAAAAGCAAAGAUGUACUCCCCUGAUAGGAAGGAUGAAAGAAUGCGUGCCGAUAUUGACUUGGCGAUCUCCAAGCUUCGUGCCACUGAUAUGGAAGAUGCCCGCUGCGAACCAAGCUUAGGAAGCACUGAAGCGGAUAAUUCAGGAGGUAGAAAUGAGUUGACGCAUGGAGAAGGUUCUAGUGCCGUGGAUUUGCAGCAUAAAGGAAAAAAAUACUAUAGGAGGAGAUUAGGCAUUAAAGAAGAUGAUGCAAAAGAAGCCUGCAGUGGUACAGAUGAAGCACAAAGCUUAAGCACUCUCGAUGAGAAAUUCGAACCAGAAGGGGAUGGAAAGCGUUUGAAAUUCACAUAUAAAAGUUCGAGAAGGAAAAGUAAAAAAAGUCUCUUCACUGCAGAUGAAGACACAGCAUGUGAUGCUCUCCAGACGCUGGCAGAUCUAUCGCUGAUGAUGCCUGAAACUGCCACGGACACUGAGUCAUCUGUUCAAGCUGAGGAAAAAAGAGCUGGAAAAGCUUCUGUGUCAGAUUAUAAAGGGACUGAUCCAGCAUCCAUGUCUAAAAGGGUUUCUCUUAGAAACCCCAAACCGAGAAGAUCCUUCAGCAAUGAUCUGUGUAAUACCGAAGUCGAGAGAAAGAGUCCAAGUAGCUCUGUAAUCCGAAAGGGUCGGCAGAAAGCAUCACCAACUAAAGUUCCUAAAGAUGAGCUCGCUGCAAUUUCACAAGUCAUUGAGCCUCCUAAAAACAAGGGAAUAGGUGAGGGAAAUGAGCCUGUUGGAAGAGGUAAGCGGUCCGCAAUUAUUCGAAACUCACAUGAAAAGAAGUCUGUCAAACCCCAGGAUCGUACUUCCUCAAGUAACAACAUAGUAGAAGAAGAUGAGUCAGCUCCAUCAACUGCAGUCACAAAAAAACAAGUUAACUUGCCAACUAAAGUUAGGAGCAGAAGAAAGAUAAUAACUGAGAAACCUCUAACCAUUGAUGACGUGAAGAAUUCAGAGAUUCUAGAGAAGUUUUCGCAUUGCAUAUCUAGUUUUCGAGCGCGAAGAUGGUGUCUUUUUGAGUGGUUCUACAGUGCUAUUGACUACCCGUGGUUUGCCAGACAAGAGUUUGUUGAGUACUUGGAUCAUGUAGGGUUAGGUCAUGUUCCUAGGUUAACUCGCGUCGAAUGGGGUGUCAUAAGGAGUUCUCUUGGGAAGCCAAGGCGUUUUUCUCAACAGUUUCUGAAGGAGGAAAAAGAAAAGCUAAACCUAUACAGGGAUUCUGUAAGAAAACAUUAUGAUGAACUAAACACGGGCACGAGGGAAGGACUUCCGAUGGAUCUGGCUCGGCCUCUAAAUGUUUCACAGAGAGUCAUUUCCAUUCACCCAAAGUCAAGAGAGAUUCAUGACGGCAGUGUCCUAACUGUUGAUCACUGUAGGUACCGGAUUCAGUUUGACCACCCUGAAUUAGGGGUGGAAUUUGUCAAGAAUCCCAGUGAGGAGAAAAUGCAUGAGCGGGUAAAGGAAAGCAUGCCGGAAGGAUAUCUCAAACUUUCGUGCGAGACAGGACAUCCCUUAUCCUCACCAAAUUAUAACAUUAGCAGUUCACUAAAGCAGGAAAAGGUAGAUAUCUCAAGUUCGGAUCCACAAGCUCAAAAUGGAGUCGAUGAGGCUCUUGGUUUACAAUUGUUUAAUCCUCAGCCUUCAAGUAGUGGGCAUAUCCAUGCUAGAGAAGCUGAUGUCCAAGCUCUUUCUGAACUAACACGUGCGCUUGACAAAAAGGAGCUAGUUUUGAGGGAGCUAAAGUGCAUGAACAAUGAGGUUGUGGAAAGUCAGAAAGAUGCACAGAAUGCUCUAAAGGAUUCUGAAUCUUUUAAGAAACAAUAUGCAGCAAUUCUCUUUCAGCUAAGCGAAAUAAAUGAGCAGGCAAGAGUUUAUGAAGGAACUAUAAGAAUCAUCUUGUUGUCAUUACUGCAUUCAGCUCCUGAAGAUUCGUAUUCCAUGUCUCAAUAUGCACAGGUUUCAUUGGCACUUCUUGGCUUGAGGCAACGGAAUACUUACCAAGAGAAUGUACCAUAUACUUCAAUAAGACCCAUGAGCAAAUCAGGGGAACCUGAUGAUCAGUUGACGUGCUUAGACAAUUAUGCAUCUGAUACUAAUGGAUUCCAUGUGUGGGAGAUUGUUGACAGCUCUAGAAAAAAAGCACGGAAAAUGGUACACAGAGCUGUACAGGCAUUGGCGUUAUUAAGGAAAGACAAAAAUAAUGUUGUAAAUAUUGAGGAAGCCAUUGAUUUUGUUAAUAGUCAGCUCUCAGUAGAUCAAACAGAAGGAUCAUCAGUCCAGCAAAUGCAAGCCGCCCAGGAUCAGCGUCUUCCCUCUACAUCAAAUCCACCUAGCUCAACUCAUGCCGAUGGAUCCCACGUAAACCCGCUAGACCAAAAUGACCUGCAAAUUCCGUCGGAACUUGUUUCACGCUGUAUGGCUACAUUGCUCAUGAUUCAGAGAUGUACAGAGAGGCAAUUCCCACCAAGUGAAGUGGCCCAGGUUCUGGACUCGGCAGUGGCAAGUUUACAGCCUUGCUGCUCCCAGAACCUUCCGAUCUAUACGGAGAUUCAGAAGUGCAUGGGAAUAAUCAGAAACCAGAUUCUAGCUCUCGUACCCUCCUAAAGUAAGAAUCCUAAACACCAUGACUUAAUAAUAACCCUCUCUCUUUUAUCUUUUUUCAUGAUGCUUGUUUAUCCUGUAAAAUCGAUGCUUCUUUAUAGAAAAAUCCUUUUUUUAUAUAUACCUCAAUUAUUUGGAGUGUUUGACUCACGGAACUUCCUCUAUUUCAUACUACCUUUAUUUCAUUCUCUUUUAUUUAUGUAAGCCAUCAAUUAUUAGAUGGGAGUGCAUCGGGGUCCAUUGUCAUUGUCUUAUAAGACAUUUCUUGUUUAGACUGCAAACAGAGCUCUGAGUGAGAUAGGCUUUGUCGAUUGGUCCAGCCGGUCCCAUUGUGUCCCAAUUCGGAUCAGAAGAUGUUUUGGUUUGGCUCAGUCUGAUUCCAAAUCUGGUGUUGUAGUAGAUCGUAUUUUGGGGUCAGAUAAAGUCGACUUGGGGUCCUGAACCAUGGCCGAUGGGUCUACCAUAAACAUUCCGCCUGGUGAAGGAUUUACAUUUACCAUAAACCCAGCUGGAUCCGGCGUUCAUCCUCCCCGCCUCUCCUCCGCCAAACCCUCGCCGGCAACGGCUAACCCUAAAGUAUUCUUCGAUAUGACCGUGGACGGCAAACCGGUUGGUCGGACCGUGAUGGAGCUGUUCGCCGACAUUACACCGCGGACGGCGGAGAACUUCAGGGCGCUAUGUACCGGGGAGAAAGGCAUGGGGACGCGCGCUGGGUAAGCCACUCCAUUACAAGGGAUCAAUCAUCCACCAUGUGGACCCCGGUUAUAUGUUAUGCGGAGGAGAUUUCGUUGCCGGUAACGGAACCGGAGGCGAAUCCAUUUACGGCAGCAAGUUUUUCGAGGAUGAGAACUUCAUCAAGAAGCACAAUGGUCCGGGUAUCCUCUCCAUGGGGAACCGUGGUACAGACACCAACGGGUCUGAGUUCAGAAUCUGCAUGAAGAGGAUCUUCCAACUCGACGACGAGUGCGUCGCUUUUGGCCAAGUUAUUGAAGGAUUGGAUGUGAUCAGGCGCAUUGAGAAGGUCCCUACUGUUGGGGACGUCAAGCCUUCCAAGCCUGUCGUGAUCGCCGAGUGCGGUCAGAUUUCAUAGAUUUGGUCGUUUUCUUCUUGUUUACCUUUUGAGUUAUUUGCUAUUAUUGCUACUGCAAAAAAAAAAAAAAAAAAAAAUCACAAGUUCUCUGUUUUAUUGUUAUUUAUUUUGGGCGUUAUUGAUUGAUUAUAUUUAAAGCUAGGCCGGUAUGAAAAUUGGGGUGUUAUUCCAACAGAUGGAGACGCCUACUCUUUGUGUAUUUAUAGCUUUUCAAUUACGCGUUUUUCAACUUUCAUUUCUGUUAAUUAACCAUAGAUCUUCCAGUGA